CCUGACCACUCCUUGUUCUCUGAAGACGGAGAUGAUACACUGGGUUUAUAAUUCACUCUUGAUUCCGCCUCGAUCCAGCUGCCAUGUUAGCAGCUCGGCCACUUGGUCCCAGCGCCUGGCGUGCUCUACAAGAGUUUCUAUGCACAACAUUUGUCGUGGAGGGGUCAACUGCGAACAUUCAAGCGAAUUUUGCUGUGACGAAACCGAAAACGACAAGGGUAAUUCGUCGACGACAAAUUUUAGCAUGCGCCGCGAUUUCACUGCAUUGGCUGCGGCUGCUGCUGUUGCCAUGUCGUCGUUCGGAAACCCCUUUCACCCUCCCAAGGCUACAGCUAUCACGUCCAACAACCUCCUAUUUCUUGAAGCUUGGCGAGCAGUGGACAAGGCCUACGUAGAUAAAACCUUUAACGGCAUCACGUGGUUCAAAUACCGCGAAGACACUAUCAAAAAAGUCCCCAUGGAUAGCAAAGACGAGACGUACGCGGCGAUUCGCAACAUGCUCUUGAAACUUGAAGACCCUUUCACUCGUUUUUUGGAACCGGAGAAAUAUGCUACACUGCUCGAAACAACUUUGUCAGCUAAUAUUACUGGGAUCGGCGUGGAGUUGGCAUAUGGUGGCAGUGACGGCAAGCAGAUAGUUGUUGUUGCACCCGCCCCUGAAAGUCCUGCAGACAAGGCCGAGAUCAAACCUGCGGACAUCAUCAGUGCAAUUGACGGAGAGUCCACUCAGGGACUGACUGUGUAUGAGGUAGCGAACCGCUUACAGGGCCCUGUAAAUUCUGAAGUGGAGCUAGCACUUGCAAGGGAAGGUGAGCUGGGCUCCGGACAUACUGUUGAGAGAAAAGUGGUCUUGCUGCGUCAGACUUACCCGCUCGUGCCUGUACAGUCGAUGCUUUGCAUGCCGACAGAAGCGACCGGGAAGGCAGUGAGUUACAUAAAAUUGACUACUUUCAACCAACUUGCAGGUACUAAGUUGAAAGAGGCCGUAUUGCAAGGGGUCCAAGGUGGUGCUGAUGCCUUUGUAUUAGACCUCCGUUCUAACUCUGGCGGACUAUUCCCUGCUGCGCUCGAUAUUGCAAAACUGUUCAUGAACGAUGGAGUGAUUGUUUACAUUGCUGAUAGUGGUGGAGUACGAGAUGUAUUUGAGGCUGAUAACACUGCAAUCGCCCCGAACGUACCCCUCACCUUGCUAGUUGACAGGGGCACGGCCUCCGCAUCGGAAGUUCUUGCGGGGUCUCUCAGGGAUAACAAUCGUGCACGGAUCCUAGGAGAGACAACUUUUGGUAAGGGACUAAUUCAGACUGUUGUCCCUCUCAGUGAUGGAUCAGCAAUAUCUGUGACAGUGGCACGGUACCAGACCCCUGCUGGAAAGGACAUUAACAAAGUAGGUAUCACACCAGACGCACCCUUGCCAACCGUGUUUGUUUCUGAUGAUCACAGUGAGAUAAGAGGUCAGCUUCCAGCAACAGCAGAGAGAUUUUGUUCGAUUUUAGCCACAGAUGUUGGCAUUGCAGCUCAGUUAUUCCCAGAAUAG